UCCUUCUCUUUCCAGCAUGGCUGUGCAGGCCCUGGCGCGCAUGCUGCGCCUCAGAGGCAGUCAGCCAGCUGUGGAGAUAAUGGACCAAGAGCGAGGCUGGCAGCAGCUAGAGGAGGCCCAGCAUGAGGGGUUCGCUCUCCUUAGCAGUUCCUCAGCAGCCCCCUGCUGAUGGGGAAUGAGCCCAAAGCAAUGCGGAAGCAGGUUGUGAAGGCCAUGCUGCAGCAGACAGAGGACAGCAACAUCCACAUUCGAGGCAGAGCGCUGCAUGGCCUCAGGAACGCAGUGACCGAGUUCCCGGACAAGGUCAGGAAGAAGCGACACCAGAUCCUGGGGAGCUUUGUCCACGCUGUGUGCGAAUUCUGGAACCCCCCGCGCCAUUCUGGACACCAUGGAAGGGCUCUGCUGGAUGCUGCGAGACCCCAAGGCGCCUCUGAAGGCACAUGUCGCCAUCCCGCUGGCCCUGCAGGCAAGAACGUUCUUUGAGGAUGAGAACAGCGGCCUGAGAUGGGCCUCCAUGGAGCUCUUUGGCCACCUCAGCAAAUUUGUUUCCAAGAAGUCAUCCCUCUUUGGAGUUGAGGUGGAGAAGAGCAUGGGGAUGCUGCUCAUCCACCUACACAACGGGGACCCCCAGGUGGCCCAGGCAUGCAGGGUGGCAUUGGUGUGCUGCACACCCUUCCUCAGCUACCAGCCCCUGCGCACGCUCAUGCGGAGCCAGCUGGCUGAGGGGGCAGCCCCCGCCAUCCCCCAGUUCCUGAGCGAAGAACUGCAGGACCCUGCUCCAGGACUGCCCAGGGAGGCUGAGCAAGAAGGCUGCCCUGAGAGCAGCAGCUGCCCAGCAGCUGAUAGGAUACAUGAUGGUCAAUUGAAGCCAGAGAAGAGCAGGAGGCUUGGACCGCCCGCCCUGCUGACCACCCCGAGAGGAGAUUUGAUCAAUCAAGGAGCUCCGGGGCUGGAUGACCCGUCCGGAAGUGGGUCAUGUGACCCCUCUAACAACACCUCCCACCUCGCUCUACCAAUUAAGAUGGGUUUCAGCUGUAGGGACCACCCCUGAGAGGAGAUUUAACCAAUGGGAAGGAAUUCGGAGGCGGGGUGACACAUCCGGAAGUGUUUCAUGUGACCCCUCUAAGAACUCCUCCCAUCACCCUCUACCAAUGGGUUUCGGCCUCAUAGGACUGCCCCUGAGAGCAGAUUUGACCAAAACAGGGCAGGUUCUGGGACGGGGUGAACCACCCAAAAGAGGGUCAUGUGACUCCUCUAAGAACUCCUCCCAGCACCCUCUGCCAAUCAGAGCACAGCACCAUCACCCCAUAAGUCCCAGGGCCGGGCAGAAGAGGCCAUCUUUUACCAAGAACGCAUGUUUUAGAAAUUGUGGAAACAUGGACUCCUUCACCACCCCCGUGAGAACUUCAGACUUUGUUUUAGGCCCGAGCACCUUUGGACUUGUGUGGAGAAAGCGCUACAUCAGCGACAGUUCCGACAAGGGCCCUUUGACUCAAUCGUUGAUGGAUACGCAGGUAGCCGACACCGAAACCCAAACCCUCAUGAGGCACCCCGAUGAGUGUGACGGCCUCUCAUUGUCCACCCCCCUACAGGUGGAAGGCGAUCAUGGCUUGGAGGAGUCACCGGCAGACAAGGUGAAUGGAAAAGACGUCGCCCAGCUUGACAAUGCCUUUCUAGAGGCCUUUGAAAACUUGCACAUCGGUAGCCCUGUGGGAGGAAAUAUAUCAUGCAUCAGUUGUUUUUGCUCAUGUCUGAGACACAGAUCUCAAGAGGAAAAUCCGGAAAAGGACAAAAUGGAAGAAUGAACCAGCUCAGACUCCCUUAUGGUAGGGGUCAUGGCGUCCAUUUUUACAGGCAGCUGUAAAAGUUUGUGUUAAACCAGGUGAUUAAUAAAACUUAUUUAAAUAUGUCAAUAUGAAUGUGUCCCCCUCCAUACUUGUGUUAGUAAAAGACGGUACCAGUAACAGUCAUGUCUACACAGACGGCUCUGUUAAAGA